UGAAGGAUGGACCAGAUUAUUUAAUUGUUAUUCAAUAGGAGAAGAGUUAUAUUACAACAAGAGAUUUUAAAACGCGAAAAACGAGUUGCAAAGGGCAGAAGAGCAAAAAAUAUUGGACAUCAUAAAAUAGCAAAUAUGAAAAAAUCUAAUAAUAAUACUAGGGGUCGUGGUAGAGGUGGAGUUCAGCAUGUAUUGCCGUCUAAUAUAUUUACAACUCAAUCUUCAAAUUCAAAUACUUCUGUUUUUAAUGAAUCACAGCAUUCUUUUAGUAUGCCUUCUAAUCCCAUUAUUCUUUUGAACAAAAUAUUAAUUACUUGUAACAUCAAUUUACAAAAUAUACAUCUAAAUUCUAGUGUUCUCUCGCAAUCUAACCCUAAUGCAGAAAUUCAGAAUCUUCCUAAUAUACAAGCUAUUCAUUCUCUUCCAGACCCAAUUCAAAAUCCCCAAACAACCAAACGUACCAAAAGAACAACCUGUACACAAGAAUUAUCAUUUUUAGAACCAUUAGUGAAUGAUACAAGCGAAGAAAAUAUUAAUAAUGCUAUUCAACAAUUGAAUAAUUGGAAUAUAGCAAAUAAUCAAACUGAAAAUAUGUGGGAUAGACAACGCGUAAUAAAAUGGGUACAAACACGAACCCGUGAUAAUAGGUUGACAAGAGAGAAACGAGAACGAAAUAAUUAAGUCUAAAAAUAAAUUAUUAGUAUCAAUAUAUUGUAUUAAUAUAGAAACAUUGUAAUAUUUACCGUUAUUAAUAAAGAAUUUUUAUAUUAUCAUCCAUCUUUCAACAAUGUACAUAUAAACUUCUGACCAAGCGAAAGAACUUAUAUUGGCAAAAGGCUCUCAGUUUAAAGGUCAAAAAGUCAUAGAAAAGCCUUAUAUAUUGAAAUAUUUAAGGGAGUGAGGUAUUUCAAUGAAAUUAGUGCCAUUUGAAAGUUCAUACGUAUUACUUUUAAUGUAUUUCAAAAAAAGUUAAAGUCGUUGUCCUG